AUGACGACGGGACGCAACACAACGAAGCUACGAGGACAAGUUCGAGAAAUGAUCCCGGGUUGGCAUUCAGGCGUCUCCGAGGAUUCAGUCCCCAGCGUGGCUUACCAACUCAUUAUGACUUGCCUUCGUCGUCAAAUGGGGGGUGGAAUUGAGUGGCUGACAGAGGGCGAAGUCCGGAACCCCUGUCAACAUCACUUCGUCUGUCGGACUUGCACGUCUGAUGCUGCACUAAAGAACGACGAAUGCUAUUGGCGUGAGCUUACUCAAGAUGAGUGGGAGGCAAAGAAGGAGUCGUUCGAGCAGCAAGUUCUCAACGGCACGAUCAAAGGACGCGCUGCACGUUCCGACAAGGGUAUCAGUCGAAAGAGAGGUUCAAAACAGACCCAUAAAAGUCGCGAGACUGUGAAUACUGAUGGAUCAGAGGACGAGAACAACCAGGAGAAUGGAGACGAAGAACCGGAGACGAUCAACACACAGGAACAACACCAGGAACUCAAUGGCAACCAACGCGAAGACACCCACCUGGAGAACGACAUCACUAUGACCGAUGAUAUGAUGCUGCGACCAGAUUCCCUCGGUACUCUUCCUACACCUCCGCUUGAUUAUGACCUGGAUCCCUUUGAUCCCGAAGUCCUCCGCAUGUUCCUCGAGAGCCAGGAUCUUCCCUAUGAGCCUUUGCAUGGCGCAGGCACCAGCACCCUUACUCCAGCUGAUGGUUAUGUAUUCUAG